CCGAUCAUCCAACCAGAAAGCGCUUUUCCCAACCGCUGCUUUUCACUCCCAUCCCAACUGUCACCCCGCACCCCCACAUUGCCAGAAGCACUUUUCACUUCCCACAAAUGGACCGGCCGGACUCCUCCUCUUCCGACGACGACGACGAUCGCCAGAACCUAAUCGACCAGAACGAGCGCAAGCAGCUCCCCAGCCCUCGAUCCGCCACCACUUUCCAAAUCGACGACGGCGACGUCGACCACCACCGCCACCACCGCGAAAUACGACGGCGUUUCGCCUCCCUCAAGCUCAGCGACUUGUUCAACAAGCGCUUCCUCAUCUUCUUCAUCUUCAUCCCUCUCUUCGUCCUCAUCCUCUUCUUCACCACCGACAUCAAGAGCCUCUUCUUCUCCCGCCUCUCCGUCCCUCUCUCCGAUUCCCUCUCCGAUAAGCUCCGCGAGUCCGAACUGCGAGCUCUCUUCUUGCUCCGCCAGCAGCAGCUCGGUCUCUUCGGCCUCUGGAACCAAACGCAUCCCAAUUCCACUUCAAAUCACUCCAAUUCCGAACUCCAGGAUUUCAAAUCCUCGAUUUUGAGGCAGAUUUCGUUGAAUAAGGAGAUUCAGCAGGUGUUGUUAGCUCCGCACAGCUCCGGGAACUCAUCAUCGGAAUCCGAAGAUUUCCGGGAUCCGAGCCUCCUCGGCGAUCGGUGUGGAGUAGUGGACCAGCGGUUUUCGGAGAGAAGAACAAUUGAGUGGAAGCCUAAUUCCGAUAAGUACUUGUUGGCGAUUUGCGUUUCGGGCCAAAUGUCCAACCAUUUGAUCUGCUUAGAGAAACACAUGUUCUUUGCAGCAUUGCUGAACCGGGUUUUGGUGAUUCCUAGCCCUAAAGUGGAUUUCCAGUACAGCACUGUGUUGGACAUUGAGCACAUUAACAAAUGCAUUGGGAGAAAAGUUGUGGUGACUUUCGAGGAAUUGGCUGAGGAGAAGAAGAAUCACAUCCACAUUGAUAGGUUUAUUUGCUAUUUUUCGAAGCCGACGCUUUGCUAUGUGGAUGAUGAGCAUCUCAAGAAGCUGAAGGCAUUGGGGGUUUCGUUCAAGAGUCGUGAGCCUGCUUGGGGGGAAGAUGUGAAGAAGCCGAGCAAGAAGACUGUGCAGGAUGUUCAGUCCAAGUUUUCGAGUGGUGAUGAUGUUAUUGCCAUUGGGGAUGUUUUCUUUGCUGAUUUGGAGAAAGAUUGGGUGGUGCAGCCGGGUGGUCCUCUGGCUCACAAAUGCAAGACUCUUGUUGAGCCGAGUCGGCUUAUAAUGCUUACUGCCCAGCGUUUCAUUCAGACGUUCCUGGGGAAAAAUUUCAUUGCACUACAUUUCCGGCGGCAUGGCUUCUUGAAGUUCUGCAAUAAUAAGCAGCCAAGUUGCUUUUACCCCAUUCCGCAAGCCGCGGAUUGCAUCACCCGGGUUGCUGAAAGGGCCAAUGCACCAGUUAUAUAUCUUUCAACAGAUGCAGCUGAAAGCGAAACUGGUUUGCUGCAGUCACUAGUUGUUGCGAAUGGGAAGGCUGUACCACUUGUUAAACGGCCUGCACGAAAUUCAGCUGAAAAGUGGGAUGCUUUGUUAUACAGGCAUCGAAUUGAGGGGGACUCUCAGGUAGAAGCUAUGCUGGAUAAGACAAUAAGUGCCAUGUCAAGUGUUUUCAUCGGAGCAUCUGGAUCCACUUUCACAGAGGACAUCUUGCGGCUCCGGAAGGAUUGGGGUUCAGCUUCUGUGUGUGAUGAGUACCUCUGCCAAGGUGAAGAGCCUAACUUCAUUGCAGAGAAUGAAUGAAAACACUAUACUGAUGAUUGCUGGGUGAUUGUUAUUUUUUGUGGUUUAACCUACCUCUUGUGUAUGCACCGCUCAAAAGUGGUUGGUUUACCCUAAAAUUCAUUGACAUGUAUAUUAGUGUAUGAUAGGCUAUAGCAGUGCCUGCAUUUUGAAAAUGAGUUUGUUCCUGCCUACCUCAUAUUCCUUCGCCAUUUUAGCUUCCAUUUUGCUCCAUUUAAAAGUAGGGAGCACAUAUACAUUCUGCCUUCUAAUUCUGGAUUCUGAAGUAUGCAAAUCAAAGGUAUAACAGGGGCAAUGACAAUUUGGCCUAUUGGAGAUUUGAUUCA